CAAACAGAUUUUGAUUGAGGGCGCAUUAACAAAUCUAAUUAAAAUUGAAUUUCGCUUGUUGAGUUAAGAUGUAUCCCAAUCAUCACACCGUAAUAAGUGCUGAUAUAAGUCUGGUCUUGUUGUUAAAUUUUCAAAAAGAAAAAUGGCUCAAAAUGCUGAUCUGGAUUUGACUAAUUUGUAUGGAUAUACCGCAAUGUAUAACCGGUAAGGAAAAACAAGAGUAUUAUCACAAGUAUGCAAUGUGCUUGUGAUUAUCGAUAAUCGAGACUCCUACGAACGAGACACCGUCAACGGCUUAUCGUUUACAGAUAGUGUAACAACCAAUUCUGUCCAAAAGUAAUCACUUGUCAUUUGCAUAUGCACGACAAAAUAUGAACAAUUCAAUAUCGUUUAGCAAACUAUUAAUCCAGUCUUUGCUUAUAUACGCACUUUUUAGUUCAAUGUCCCAGCAUUGCUUUAUUUUCUCGUGACCAAACUUUCCUUGUGUUCACAUAAACCUUAUCAACCAUUUUCCUCACCCCAUCGACAUGGGCUCGUUGGAAAACCUGCAUAGUGGAGGGCACUUUCCCAUGCAAGCGAUAUUCAAUUCUAGUCGUAAAUCUGACCUCUUCGUACUUCAACGAGGCCAUCGAUCCUUGUGUAAAACCGAUGAAAGAUGAAGUAUUUAAAAUCAAUCGCAUUGUAAUUCUACGGGUUCAGUUCUCGUGUUCGUGUUCCCGACAUGGCAUUCGCCAUCAGUGAAAACGUCUUCAAUUGGUUGAUAUCAUCGAAUUUUACACCUGUCUUUCUAAAGGAUUUAAAUGUAAGUGUCUCCGAAGAGACAUUUCUUUCUUAUUUUGAAAGCGACCUGAAAAAUCUAACUACGGAACAAAGAACAACUUUUACAGUGAUUGUUAUGACGAUACUGAUAUUGGCUAUUUUCGGAAAUAUUAUAACAAUCAUCACAAAUAUUAAGAGGGAACAACGUCAUUUGUUUCGAGCCUGUUUGCUUUCGUUGGCAUUUAGUGAUAUUCUGUUCGUAACAAUAACCUCUGUAACAUACCUUUCUCAGUUUCAAAACGAGUACAAUUCUAUAUGGACUCUCGGUGAACUCACAUGUUCAUUUGCGCCUUAUUUUCAAACUCUCGCUAUUUUGGUGAACAGUGCGACUCUAGUGGCAAUCGCACUGGAUCGCUAUAUGGCCGUUAUGCAACUAACUAAAGGAAACUACGAGCCGAGCAAAGUAUUCUGCAUAACCUGUGCAGUCCUUAUCUGGGGUCUCUCUGCUGGAGUAUCUAGUCCCAUGUUGACUCUAUAUCAAAUCUAUGACAUAGUAGUUCUGAUUAUGGAUCCAUCAAACCCUGAAAUAGUAAAUGGAUCUUUUCUUGCCAAAAUAUGUGCAACAGACAAAAGCAAGAACGGCUACUAUUUUGGUAUUAUAUUUACUAUAAUCUUCUUACCACUUUCGCUGUCAUUCAUCUGGCUAAACUCUAUAAUCGCAAAGGAAAUCUGGAUUCGUCGACAUCCAAUCGACAGGCAUACAAAAGCAAAUAAGAAUCCUUCCUCUGGAACUUCUAGGGAUCGACAAACCACUACAACAAACACUAGCUCGACAAAUCCAAUUGAGCGACCCAUCAACACCUUAUCACAGGCUAUUUUUUCCUCCCCGAAGUGCAUCUGUUCCAACUGCGUUGAACUUUAUGUUCCUCCUAGAUGCCCUGCACCACCGCCUUCUAUACUGAAGCCCGCAAAUAAUAAAAGCAAUAAAACCAUGAUUAAGAAUAGCCCAGCAACGUUAUCUCGCCAAAAACGUCAAUUGCGCAUGUUCAAGGCCAUUGUCUUUAUCAUGACUGUGUUCUUGAUAUGUCGAUUGCCACACUGGAUAUAUCUGAUGAUAAAGAUGCACGGCAUUGCCGCCACCAACGUCUACUGGAUACUGCAUUACUCCUUCGGUAUUGUGGCUAUGAUUAAUUGUGUACUGAAUCCAUUGAUUUACACUUUUCUGAGUGAGACCAUCAAAAUGACUGUAUUCCUGCACACGAUUUGUGGUCGAUUCUGCAAAGACCCAUGCCGAAAUCAGAACCAUACAAAGCACUGUAAACCUAAGCAAAACAGGACUGGCACCGUGAAAGCAAACCGUACGCAUAGCGAUGGAAUUUUUUUUAUUAAUAGAUAG